AUGCGCCUGGCUGCCUUUGCUGCAAGGGCGCACGGCCGCGGGGAGGCUCGUCCUGCUGGGGACUGCGGCGGUCCCCAGGUCGUCUGGGAAAAGCAUCUGCUUAAAUGCAGACUGUCCGAGUCUCUUGUCCAGCUGGCGUGCACGCAGCAUUACUGCGCUUUCCCUCUGAAUGAAAAUGAGCUGUGCGUCUGGAGUGCAGCUGGGACUGCUCAGCCAUUGCGUUUGUUAGGGCACCAGCACGCGAUUUCCGCCCUGUCAUUCGGAAGCAAAGCCAGCCCGCUUCUUGUCUGCUCCGCUUCCCGCGAGUACGUGAUGGCGUGGAACCUCGACGAGUGCGCAAGGGACGUGCUGCGAGGUUUAACGCCUCGAGGAAUUGUUAUAGGAAGUCUUUUGGGAAUGGUGCUUCAUGUAAGAUUUAGUCCGGAUGAUCAACAAGUGGCAGUAUGUGCUGGAAAGCGGAUUUACAUGUUAAGUGCAAAGAAUGAAGCUAUACUAGCUGAAUUGGAAGGCCACCUGGCUCCAGUGACUGCUGCUGAGUUUUGCACAUGGGAGAAAAAUAUGCUUAUAUCAGUUUCUGAAGAUAGAAGCUUUAAGGUUUGGGACUAUUCUACUGGCCUGUUAGUACACCAGUCAGCAGUAUUAACAGCAGCAUUUCCUUUGCUAAGUCUGCUAAUUGAUGAAGAAAAUAAGCAGCUUAUCACUGGAUGUGCUGAUGGACAGCUUUGGAUCUUCAGUUUAAUCAGGGAUCAUAAUUACCGUUGUGUGACACGUAUCAACUUAAAAAAAGAACAGGAGAAAUUCUAUAAUAAGAUGGGGAAGUCUGGACAAGAAUUAGAUGAGGGGCAAAGUACUUCUGAGCUGUGUAAAGCAAACAAUAUAAGACUAGAAGAAACAGUGGAAACAACAUUGCCUGUCCUCACAAUUGAACGCUGUGACCAUUUAGUAUGCUUCCAUAAAGAAGAAAACUUAUUGCCUACCUUAAAUACUAGAUAUUUUUGGAUAGGAAGCUCUACUGGUUUGUUAAUAAUUAAUUCAGCAAACUUUGAAUUAGAAGCUGUUUUAUGUUACAAAGAUUACAGCGGCCUCAGAAUUCGAUUUGCUGGAUCGUGUGCCUUAGCAAGGAAGACAGUUAAUGGAAAGGUUUUAUGCUUGCUCUCCUCAAUGUUUGAAGAUAUGAUUGCUGUGUUGGAGGUUAACAUUGCUGCAUUGGUGAGAUCUCAGCAGAACGGUUUUCUCAUAUGUGGAAAGGAGAAGCCUCUAUCAGUUAUUGCCAGGUGUUCUCUGCUGCCAAAAUCUCCACUGAGUAAAGGUUUAAAAAAAAAAGUCAAGGAACCUUCUAGUAAAACAGUUGGAGUGAAAAGCACAGUGAAGGACCAACCUUUGGUUUUCCACAGGAAAGUUAAGUCAUCAGGUUAUGCAACAGCACCGCAAAUGACCAUGUUCUCUCCAGUUACUAAACUGAAGAAAAAUAAUGAAAUAUCAAAGUGGAAGACCAGUUGUAAAUGCAAAAAUAGAGAAUAUCCAUUGGAAAGUUCUCCUCCAACCAAAUAUGAGAAAGAGCUAUCUGUCGCUUAUAAACCAACCCCAGUGUGUUGCAUUCAGUAUUCUGGGGAUGGAGAGCUGCUCGCUUGCGGCCUUGCUGACAAAUCUAUACUGGUAUUUGAUUCCAGCCUUACGAAUAUGCGAGCUGUUUUUUCAGGUCAUGAUGGUGCGGUUAACUCUGUUGGCUGGAGUCAUGACAAGAAGUGGUUAGUUUCUGCAUCAGAAGACCGAACAUUAAGGAUCUGGUCAGUCUGCAGUAAAGAACCUGUCCUACUUCUGGGCAAAGACAAGUUCCAUAAAUCUGUACGCUUUGCACAGUUUUAUUAUAUAGAUACCUUUAUAUUGCUGUGUUGUGGAGCUGAAUUUCAUCUGUUAAGCUUCUCUCUUGACACAGCCAAGGACGACCUAAAACGAUAUAAACAGAGAAGUGUUUGCAAAUUGAUACAGAAAUUUCCCAUGGCUUCCACAAUGGAGAUCACCAGCCUUUCAACAGUAAAUGAUUUCUACUCCUAUAUUGUACUUACAGCUGGUAGCAACCGAGCACUGGAAGUUUUUGACCUCAAUGCAGGCUGCAGCACAGCAGUAAUACCAGCGGUUCAUUCUAGAUCAGUCCAUCAGAUCUGCCAAAAUAAGGGGUCAGCAUUCAGCGCUCAGCAACCUCAAGCUUACAAUCUUUUCAUGACCACAGCUGUAGGUGAUGGCAUCAAACUGUGGGAUUUAAGAACACUGAGGUGUGAACGUCGUUUUGAAGGGCACAUUAGCCGUUGCCAUCCAUGUGGAAUUGCAGUAUCUCCUUGCGGGCGGUUUAUAGCCAGUGGAUCAGAUGACAAAUCUGCUUACAUAUAUGAGAUGCGUUCAAGCACCUUUUCACAUAAGUUGGGAGGGCACACAGAAUCUGUCAUCAAUGUGACUUUUAGUCCUUCAUCUCCCCAGCUCUUUAAUGCAAAUGACUCUGAAGUUCAAGGACCAGAAUCCCUUUUCUUGAACAGCUCUUUCCUGAGAAGCAAGACCUGUGGAUUUGAACCAGCUUGCAAACUUUCCCAUAGCUCACCACAGCCACCUUGGAUGGCAAACUCCAGUUGUUUCUACCCUGAUGUUUGCCAGCUUAUGGAGCUUUGGCCCUGGUGCUCUGAGGAUAACGACUUGCUGAGAGAUAGGAGACCAGUAACUGGGCAAGAAGCAUAAUAUUCCCUUUUAAACUGAAGUUUUCUUCUGAUUUAGUUGUCUGCAAGUUCCUCAAACUGUUCUUGAAGCUCUCUGUUGUAUAGAUUAAAUCUGUUGCCCUUAUUUUUGCAAUAAAAGUAAGAGGUCAAGAAAAGGGAGUGCUCAUUCUGAGUUCAUUCUAGCAGAUCACCACAGAAGUGGCUUUCAGAAGACUUCUUGGGUGCCUGGGACUACAGCAUAUACUUAGAUAUAUGCUGUAGUACUCUGCUAGACUGGGACCACAUUCUGUAGAUUGCAAAUGCAGUAAAAAUAACACCUGUUACAGUUUUAAAGCUACCUCUGCCUGUGGCCAAAUAUUUAAAUUAAUCUGUAAGAAGGAAGAAUUUUCUGUCUUUCCGAACGGCCACGAUAGUCCUUCUGUUAUCGUCCUUUGAGGUUACUGUAAUCAGCACAGAUGUUGCUUAAAGGCAGAAUUUUACCGUUUUACCCUUUAUCCUAUAUUCUGGUUGUCUCUUAGGGGGUAUGUGAGAAAGGUCAUCUCUUUAGAAAAUUACCUUGUUGCUACAGUCUGAUAUUAU